GGACCUCGCGAUUGUUGGAUUUUUUUUUUUUUAUCCGAUGGGGCGGGAGGAGGAGGAGGGGAGAUUCAAAGAUGGCGCCCGUCGUGACGGGGAAGUUCAGUGAGCAACAUCUGCCUCGACGUUUAACGAGGGAGGCUAUGAGGACUUACUUGAAAGAGAAACAGGAUCAAACUGUGCUCGUACUGCAUGCUAAAGUGGCGCAAAAGUCCUACGGAAAUGAGAAAAGGUUUUUCUGCCCGCCACCAUGUGUGUAUCUGAUGGGGACGGGUUGGCAGAAGAAGGUGAAGGAGCUGGCGAAGGACGGUUGCUCUGAGCAGGAGGCCCAGCCUUACGUGUUCAUAGGGAUUGGCAGCAGUGAGCAGGACAUGCAACAACUCUUUCUGGAGGGAAAGAACUUCUGCACAGCUAAGACGUUGUACAUCAGCGACUCAGACAAGCGAAAGCACUUCAUGCUGUCGGUGAAGAUGCUGCACGGAAACAGCUCGGACAUCGGCGUUUUUCCCAGCAAGAGGAUCAAAGUCAUCUCCAAACCCUCCAAGAAGAAACAGUCCCUAAAGAACGCGGACUUGUGCAUAGCCUCCGGGACUAAAGUGGCCUUGUUCAACCGCCUGCGUUCCCAAACCGUCAGCACCAGGUAUCUGCAUGUGGAGGGGGGGGACUUUCACGCCAGCUCCCAGCAGUGGGGUUCCUUCUACAUCCACCUGUUGGACGACGAUGAAUCUGAAGGAGAGGAAUUUACUGUAAAAGACGGCUACAUCCACUACGGUCAGACGGUGAAGUUGGUCUGCUCUGUUACCGGCCUGGCCCUGCCUAGACUGAUCAUCCGUAAAGUGGACAAGCAAGCGGCCCUGCUGGACGCAGACGACCCCGUAUCGCAGCUUCACAAGUGUGCCUUCUACCUGAAGGAUACAGAGAAGAUGUACCUCUGUCUCUCACAGGAAAGGAUCAUCCAGUACCAGGGUACUUCAUGCCCCAAAGACUCCCGCAAGGAAAACGUCAACGACGGCGCAGCGUGGACCAUCAUCAGCACGGACAAAGCAGAGUACACGUUUUACGAAGGCAUGGGUCCCGUCCCCACGCCGGUCAGCCCUGUCCCUGUGGUGGAAAGUCUGCAGUUAAAUGGCGGAGGAGAUGUGGCCAUGUUGGAAGUGACAGGACAGAACUUCACCCCUAACCUCAGAGUGUGGUUUGGAGACGUGGAGGCAGAAACCAUGUACAGGUGCGGAGAGAGCAUCCUCUGUGUAGUCCCGGACAUCUCUGCCUUCAGGGAGGGCUGGCGCUGGGUGUUGCAGCCGGUCCAGGUGCCCGUCACGCUGGUCCGCAACGACGGGAUAAUCUAUCCCACGGGCCUGACUUUCACCUACACCCCCGAGCCGGGACCCCGGCCUCACUGCAGCGCCACCGGGAUCAUCCUCCGAUCAAACAGCAACGCUUCCUCGUCCCCGGCGUCUUCCGCCUCUCCUUUAUCCACGGUGGGUGGCCACGGGGACGGCCACGGAGCCAGCAACAGCAGUGACUCAGGCGUGUCGGCGCUGACGUAGUCGGCAGCGGUUGGUGGUUCUGCUCUGAAUGACUGUCGGGGAAGGAUGCGCGGUUUUUCCCCAAAGAGGUUCAACGGACCUGUAAACCUGUGCUGAAUUCCCGAAGCCCCGUAUUUUCAGAGCAACUGUGAAAACACCAGGAGCGCUCAAGAGCCGGGGGGAAAAAAAGGACGAGUUUAAAAGACUUUAGCGCCCCCUGGUGGAAAGUUGCGGACAUGAGCCCCACUCAGACUGAUAUCCCAGAUCCCCACCCAGGAGGGGAUUGUGCCUUCUAACGCUAACAGCUGGAUUUGUUAAAAGGUUUUUAUACUUAUGUGGGUCGAAAGGUGUCUUCAUUUUCUUUUUACCAUUAAAACUUUUUUGCUGAACAAUCUGUUAACUCUUUUUUUUUUUUUUUAGCAAAGGAAGAUUUGUUAUGGUAACAUAGUUAAGGACCAUAAAAAAACAUGUUUUUCAGAUUAUAUUUUGUAAGCUUUAAAGGUACAUUGGACAGUUUCUAUUUUGUAUAAUGCCACAAAGGCAUUUCAUUUUGUUACUAUAUAGUUUGCUCCUUGUGUUAGUUCUCUCUUUCUGUUUGUCUCAAGGUGGCUGUUAGCAUUUCAUUAACCAUCUUACUACAACUUUGGUCUCUUCACAGCACUGUGUAUUGCAUGUUUCCUGUCGAAAAAAAUAAACUUUUUCACAAUCUUA